AUGCAGUCCUUGGGGCUCAAGGUUGGGAUUCUGGAUGCUGAUAUCUACGGACCCUCACUGCCUGCAAUGAUCCCUCCGGAUGCGAUCGAGAAGGUCUAUGCCUCGGAGAGUGGGGGCAUCAUCCCGCUGCAGUACGAAGGUGCGCCUUUGAUGUCGGCUGGCUUCCUCCGGCCAGGCGACUUCGCGGCGGUGCGCGGGCCAAUGGCCUCCGCCAUGGUCCAGCAGAUGCUGACAACAACGGAGUGGGGCGACCUCGAUGUACUGCUAAUUGACAUGCCGCCGGGCACCGGCGACAUCCACCUCACCGUGGCGCAGCAGGCCAAGGUUGAUGCGGCAAUUGUCGUGACUACGCCGCAAGUGCUUAGCCUCGUCGAUGUGGAGAAGGGCAUCCGCGACUUGGCUGGCUGGGGUUUGUCAGUUUGGAACCUCAGACUCUUAAUGUUGGCCUGGCAGAAGUCAUCGGAGACCUUGGCACAGACACCGAAGGCGGAACGCAUGUUCGAUCAGGCCAGCUCUGGUCAGUUCCAUCGCUGCAGCCUGCUGAAGCCUGGUUACAAGGCACAUCUUGAACAGUACGUUCAUGGGCAGGUCAAGAUCCCCACCGUUGCCAUCGUCGAGAACAUGUCCUUCUUCGUUUGCAACAGCUGUGGUGCGCAGCAUGAGGUGUUCCAGCGCGGUGCUGGUGAAAAGCUGGCGCAAGAUUUCGGGAUCCAGCGCGUGUUCCGAUUUCCUCUGGACUCUGCGCUGUCGCGACCAGGACUUCCCUACGUUCUGGCUACAUCUGAAGGUGGGAGCAUGGACGAAUUCCGGCGCUUGGCUGCCGGGGCCAUGGCAGCUCUGGAGGAGCUCCGAACACGCUUCCAACCAGGUCUUCGCCUCGAAGUCAACGGCGCCCUUCUGAUCCUGAAGACCUCAGAGAACCAGGAGAUGGCCAUUCCUGCACGGGAGGUGCUUCUGGAGUGCCGGUCGGCCAAGAUGCGGGACGAGUUCACCGGAAAGCGACUUUUCCGGGAGGAGGACAUACCACAGAAUGUCGUUGCAACCAAAGUGAGCACUGCCGGCCGGUAUGCUGUGAAUAUCGAUUGGUCCAACAGCCACAAGUCGCUGUUCUCUUAUGACCUAUUGGCGCAAGUCGCCGAGGCUUCUGGUCAAGUUUGGCAUGCGGCCACUGCUUCCGAGUGA